CUUCCAAGAUGGCAGCCAACAGUGGCAGCACGGGUAGCAAAUCCAGCAGCAGCUCCGGAGGAAAACAGUCCGGUCCCUCGGCCGAGCAGGUCGUGGCAACAUUUCAGAGGAUGCGCCAGGAGCAGCGCAGUAUGGCCUCUAAAUCUGCAGAGUUAGAGAUGGAGAUCAAUGAGCACAGCUUAGUAAUUGACACCCUGAAGGAUGUGGAUCCUUCGAGGAAAUGCUUUCGUCUAGUUGGAGGAGUGUUGGUGGAGAGGACGGUAAAAGAAGUUCUACCGGCGUUGGAAACCAACAAAGAACAGAUCACAAAAAUUAUCGAGUCCAUCAACACACAGAUGCAGACGAAAGGGCGGGAACUCACAGAGUACAGGGAACGCUACAACAUCCGGUUGGUGGGCGAAGGCGAAGGAGAGGCACAAGGCCAGUCGGCUGCGUCCUCCAGGGACAGCGAAGGAGGCGGGUCCAAAAGCGGAGCGGGCGUUUUAGUGUCGUAGUCUGUAAUGAUAGAGAGCGACAGCGGGGCUCUAAGAUGUCUGCAUUGAAAUCACAGUUGGUGUCACAAAAUCUAGGUUUAAAAAAAAAAAAAAAAAAGGAUCACUCUUAUCACUCUUCACAGGAUGACGUUGCAAAUUUCUGCUCAACACGAAGCAUUUAGUGUUGAAAUAAUUUGUAUCAGAAAACAAUAAGAUUGGAGGGUGUUAGUCAUUCGUCUGCCUUACAGUAAAGCUGAUUUUUGUUUUUUGUUUUUUUAAAUGUUAAUUGUUGAAUUAUUUUGACGUAUAUUCAGGAGUUGUGUUCAAGCCUCUGGAUGAUUUGUUCGUCUCAACCUGUUUACACAUGAUCACACCAACUAAAAUAUUUGUAGUAAAUGUGUUUGUUAUUCCCAUAUGAGGCCGCGUUGCCUAGGCGAUGGGAUCAACGUGCAAAAGGAAAAAAAUAUUUCAAAUGCUUAAAACCUGCACACAGUAAAUAAAUAACUAAAUCAAAGUGCAUUAUUAUUAUUAAGUCAACAUGCCUUUGCAAAUUUUUUUUUUUUUUUAAACUUCAGAUUUUGGACGACUUGAGGAACGACUGACAGCUUUAGGAAAAAUAAAUGCUGAUUUCUUAGGGGCCCAAAAAAUAGGUUUAAGCCGUAUAAAAAGUCACCCUUGCCAAGACAGAACAGGUCCUGGAAGGCAUUUAGACAACGUGUGGCAUGAACAAGAGAUUAUACUGUAAACCCGUCACUAUUGAUCAAAAUGAAUCUUCUCAGCUUUUUACGCACGACUCACGUAUCGGCCAUGCGCUGAAAAGCUGCUGGUCUGUAUUCAUAAUGGAUGAUGUAAGGUCUUCUGUGUCCAGUGUUUACUGAAGUACAAGCUGUGAACUGACAUGUGAGGAUCAUCAUCAUCGCCACACUUUGACGAUAAAAGCCUGUCACUGAAAAACACAAAAUGAAUCCUGUUAAAUUAAGUUUGGAAUUAAUUUGUUAAAAGUCUAAACUGAGGAAAUGCCUCCUAGGACCUGAGGUGCGCUGUCCACACUGUUCAUGUAGUUGUAAGGACAAAAAUGUUUGUUUUUGUUAAUGGUCAUGAAUUAAAGAAUGUCACAAUUGUG